AUGGCCCCUGUGGCGUCGGACGAGAUCGUCUUCACAUACGACAAAAAGGCGAAAGAGAAGGUCCGAAAAUGCGGGGGAAGCGCGAAACGCAAAGCCCUGAAGCUGGGCCAGGGGGCCCGAGUGUUUUCGGCCGUCGUCCAUUUCAAUCCGACCUAUGGAAAAUUAGACGGUGCUGUCUACGUCCCGCAAGGCCAAAGUAUUCCUGACGUGAAUCACUGA